AUGGCACGACAGCAAAGCAUAGCGAGAGAUGGGAGGCGGGGAAUUAUAGCCCGUUUGUGGCUAUCGUCGUCGUCUUCAUUUACUCUGCUCUGGCUAUUAGUGGCAUUGCUAUUCUCUCGAGAGACGUUAGCGACAUCACCAGCCGGAGAUGAUAUCAGGGCAUCAGUGACAGAAGAGCUUGAGAAACGAGUGGAAGUUGGUAAUAAUUACGAGUGUACAACAGCCCUAACGGCGACGGCAACAAUGGCAACGACAAAUGUUAUAGGGACUCAGGCACCGCCUAUUACUUUGACGGGCAAUUCUGCGAGGCCUUUCAGCGUGGAAAAUGAUACAUUUACUAGUCUUGCCUCGGCGAAGCAACGAAGUUGCAGCGAUCAAUUUAAUGCGUGUCAGUUGAUGGCGAACGACGAUACGACUGCCGGCUUUACUGUUUCUGAGUGUCAAAAUCAGCAGAAUGCGUGCUUGAAUGACGAUGCCGUGCAGGUCUCCAGCUCAUCUACCUCGACAACAGAACAAACAGCAACAAUUAAUACUACCACUAGUACUACGACUUCAGUCCCGCCUGCUUCAACAUCCUCAACCUCGACAUUGCAAUUUACUUCGACAACUUCCAGUUCUUCUACCACUAUCACCAACACCAACGAGUUAUCUUCCAUGUUGACAGCAGCUACGGCAGAGACAGCGACAGAGGAAGCUACAAUCACAACGACAGCCGCUCCUUUGACAGCAAGCGCAGCUUUAACAUCCAGUAGCACGACUCAGCCGUAUGCCGUCCAGCAAACGACCAUUACGCAGGACCAUCCCACCAUCCUAGCACAAGCAUCAGCUGCAGCUUCGACGCCGUCACCAAACCGCAACACAUUCGAUCAAUCGCCAUCAUCAGAGAAAAUGAUUGAAAUCCUCCCUCAGCAACCUGUUCAACUGCAGUAUCUUGCUCAUCAACAACAGCAGAGCAUGCUUUGUCGGCAUUCAGCCGGUCUAUUCCAGUACCACACGCCAGCCUCCCCUUCGCCGCUCGGAUUACGCAAUGCCAACAUUUUUCCCACGACGACAAUGAGUGGGCGCGAAACAGCAGAAAAUGAUAAGAACGACAAUAUCAAGUUUGGAGGAUCUUCUCCAGACCAGGAGAAUACUUCUCCGUCUUUCAGCCGCAACAUCUUCUCCUUUUCCCCGACAAAUAGUAAUAAUACUGUCGUCACCCCACCGCCAAAACAGUCAACAUACGAAGCACGAUUCAGAAAUUCGGGCGGAUCCAAGAAUCCAUUUACAAAGAUAUUCGGCUCUUCGUCCUCCCCCUCUCCUAGCGGUGGCAGUGCCACAAAACACCGGCAGCUCUUCCUCAACAAAGUGAAACAAAACCGCGACAAUGCGCGCUUCGGUUCGCGCGGCGAAACGCUUAUGAUGAUGGAAUAUCAUUCCGAGCAGCAGAAUUGGGAUGCGCAAAUGCGGCAGAAGGCAGAUACUAUCUAUCAGCAGAAUCAUCUUCUGGAGGAGCAUGAAGACGGGGACGAGGACGAAGACGAUGAUAAUAAUGAUGAUAAUGAGCAGUCUGCGCUGGAGCAAUUCCUAAUGCAGGAAGAAGAACCAUAUAUGGACACAACGUUGAUGUCACCAGCAUCAACGAAAAGUAUGCGAAGUGAUAGAGCAUCAUUUUGCGGUGAUGAUGGUGAUUAUGAUGAUAUUUUCAUGGAGCUUGUUGAUGAAUCCGGGGAUACUACAAUGUCGUGUUGA